AGCACACACCAACACAUCUGCCUGCAUAUAAACACACCCAGAGAGAGUGUAGACACAACAGAAGAGCAGAGGAGCGGCUCACACUGAAAACUGGGCUGGAAAAGCCAGACGACGCGACCAUGCGGCUGUUGCUGAGAGCUUUCUUGAUGCUGAGUCUGGCCACGCUGCUGCUCGCCUCCAGAAAAGGCCGGCGCGUCUCUGUAAAUUUUGGAAGUGAUACUGGACUGCAGGGCAAGAUGGCGAGACUGAUCCUGGAUCCAUCAGUGCUGCCUCAGAUUGUCAGCACCUUCGACUCGUCCAUCGCCAACAUGUCUCUCUCACCGUGGACGUACAGGGACUCCUAUGUAGAAUCUCGGGUGCCCAGGAGGAUUUCCCAUGCUCAGUGCCUGACCUCUGGCUGCCUGAACCUGCAGGGAGGAGGUGAGGUUGCCGACCUGGAGGCUAAACCCAUCCACUACCAGGUCCUGGUCCUCCACAGAGUCCCAAGGCAGCAAAAGAAAAAAAACAAAAAAGGAAAGAAUGCAAGGACCAGGUAUUUAUUCAGACUGGGGAUGGAGGUGGUCUCAGUGGGUUGUACGUGUGUGAGGCCCAGUGUCGUAUCACAGCGCUAACACUCAGGAGCAGUUCAUCCAGUAUGCUGUUGAUGUUUUCACAAGUGUGUAACUUAAAUCUAGCGAAACCUUCAUGUUAUCACUGCUUCAAAUGACAAUGUGAAAUGUCUUUUUUAGCUAGUGAAUAAUUAGUGCUUUCAUGUUCCUGACCCUCUUGAUGUUAGCUGUUAGCUGUUAGCUGUUAGCUGUUAGCUGCAGCAGUACUAACAAGCCAUGUCCCUGUGUCAAACGCCUGUGCCACUUGAUAAUAUCACAGAACUAUGUAGAGCUGUGUUUCUUUCUGCCCCCUAGUGGUGGAAAAACACUUCAUGCAGCUUUAAUCCUGUACAGGCAGAAUUAAACAUGAAAGGGGUAUUGAAAAUGUAUAUUUUUAUAUGCUAUUUUAAUAUAAUUUUUUGUUGGUUUGUGUGUGUUUUAAUCAUAUGUUGUCUUGUGUCAAUGUUUUGCACCAGUUUUUCUCACAUUUUAUUAUAACCCUAUUCUUAUUUAAAUGUAAAAUUCUUUAUUAAAGUUUUUUAUUCCAA